AUGCUGCUGUUACUCUUUUUCAAUCUGUCUUUUGCUUCGAUUCUUCAUUUCGAAGAAGACGGUGACGCCUGGGACGAUACAGUUCCUUGCGACGCGCAUGAGAACCCAACAGAUCGCUGGGGCCUCGAAGGGACCGAUAUCCAGCUGGACUGUCAAUGUCACAAGAAGAUAAAGAAGUGGCACGGGGCUAUUUGGGCCGUCAACUUCACCAAGACCCAGGAAGAAAUCAACAAUCUCACCCGAAAACCGGAGAAGACAGCUUUUUAUGGACCGAAAAACGGUGGCUCCAACACUCUCUCUCCCUUCAUGAUCGACGAUCGACCCCCAAGCGACCACUAUGUAAAGAUUCACAAACCAAAGACAGCUAGAAAUCUAACAUGCCAGUUUCCGUUCACGAAUUAUGGCCGAGAAUUCAAUCAGUGUGUCGCAUCUGGGAGACAUAAUCAGCUUUGCUGGUGCGCAACUCAACCUGGCGCUAGAAUCGACGAACUUCCAACCUCCGAAACAGAACGAGGCUUCAUUCCUCCUAAAGAAGGAGCGACGGCUAUUCAGAAAAAGACUGUUUGGGACAAUUGCCAAUGCCAAAAGCACCAGAGAGGAAUUCAAAUUUGGACAAACGCGGAGCGAGGGAAGCCUUGGAAGCCAACUAAAUGCGUCUUUCCGUUUGUUUACAGAGGGAAACUGUAUGAUCAGUGCAUUGAUUUGCCUCCCCCGAGUCCGGAAAUCAACAACGCUGCGUUUUUCUGGGUCGAUGUGGAAAGUGGACAUGAUAGUGAACUGAGUGCCGGGUCGAUAUUCAAAGGGUGUUACAGAUUUUGUUCAGGUCUUUCAAGCUUCAACGACAAUGGCCGCUGCGAUCACUGUAAUGGUUACUGUUGCUCGCUCGAUCCCGUGCUCAACAACUGUCCCGAGAAGUACGUCAAUUUGCUAAGAAUGAAAAACGACGAACUCCCCCUUCUGAAAAAGCUCUCGACCUCAACUUUGUACUGCAUUCAUCAAGAAGGCUACAAAUCGACAAAGUCUGGUUGUUGGUGCGGCAUCAAGAGGCAUGUCCGCGGAUUCGACGAUUGGGGCUACUGUCCGUGCGCCGAGCCGAUUACUGAGGGAAUCUGGCAGAAUUGGUCGCAAUGGUCGGAUUGCGCUAGUGACUGUUCGCGAAUGAGCGUUAGAUACAGAGCCUGUGCUUCCAAAAAUCCGACGAUAGGCUUUUCAGGAAGUGCUACAGGCACGGAUGUUCCAAUUUGCGAAGGUCAGCACAUCGUCCGACGUCAGUGCCAUUGCCCAAAUCACGAAACAAUCAGAUCACGUGUUAAAAUCCGCCAAAUGGAUCGCCAACUUGAGAUAAAAACCUGA